CAGGCUUCCCCACCCCAAGUCCUGGCCCUCUGCACUCUCUGACUGACCCCUGACCCCUGUCCAGAGACAGCACUCCUGAGCCUGAAAGGGUUAACCCCCAUGCGCUUCUCCAUCCCCAGCUCUCCUCCCCUUCUCCUCCCUGCUCCCUCUCUGUCUGUCUCUGUGUCUGUCUCUCCGACACUUUCAGUCACAUCCGCCUGCAGGGGCACAGCUCCCCCAGCUCAUACAUCCCCAGACUGUGCAGAUCUUUCUGAUUUCCCCAGGAUAUCUCCGUCUGCCCUGGCCAGGCUCUCCGGAUCCCCUGCUCCAGAGCUUCUGAUGAAAAGAGUCUACCUCGAAGUUCAUUCAUCAACAUCUGCUGACAAAGAUAAAAAAGGAAAGAAACUCCACAAGGAACUAGACAAGAUCCCCAAACCAAGUCAACACAUCCUUGGAUAUGCCUUGACUUCAAUGUAAAGGUGGACGAAGGAGUGAAAAGGGGUGUCCUUGAAGGGGACACCAGUGUGCCAGGCAGAGGCCAUCCUACAACCACACAUCUUUUCCAAGUUUUGCCAGGGAAUGGGGCUGUGAGCCCUGCUUUUGCCAUGUGCCUGCCAGGGGAAGUGGCCCCAUGCCUGAUGCCAACCUCUCAAAACACCAGCGACCCUGCCCCACUGCCCUGUUCCCGGCCUAUGAACAUUAGCCAAGAAGAACGGAGGCUCAUUGCUUCACCCUGGUUUGCUGCCACCUUCUGCCUCGUGGGCCUGGCCUCUAACCUGUUGGCCUUGGUGGUAUUGGCUGGUGCCCGACGGGUGAGCAGCUACCGGGCUCGCUCCUCCUUCCUUACCUUCCUCUGCGGCUUGGUGCUCACUGACUUCCUGGGGCUGUUUGUAACUGGCUCUGUGGUUGUCUCUCAACAUGCCACACUCUUUGACUGGGCUGGCACCGACCCCGGUUGCCACCUGUGUAGGUUCAUGGGUGUAGCCAUGGUUUUCUUCGGCCUCAGCCCACUCCUACUGGGCACUGCCAUGGCAGCAGAGCGCUUUGUGGGCAUCAACCAGCCUUUUUCACGCCCAGCAGCUGCAUCCCAGCGCCGGGCCUGGGCCACUGUGGGACUAGUGUGGGCAGCCUCCUUUAGCUUGGGCCUCCUACCUGUCAUUGGCCUGGGUCGAUACACCAUCCAGUACCCUGGCUCCUGGUGCUUCUUGACUCUGGGGUCCCAAGUGGGUGAUGUGACCUUCGGUCUGCUCUUUGCGCUGCUGGGUGCCUUCUCCGUGGGCCUCUCCUUCGUCUUCAACACCAUUAGUGUGGUCACCCUGUGCCGUGUUUACCAUGACCAAGAGGCAGCCUGCCAGCGGCCACGAGACAGCGAGGUGGAGAUGAUGGCGCAGCUGCUGGGCAUCAUGGUCGUCGCUACCAUCUGCUGGAUGCCUUUGUUGGUCUUCAUUGCGCAGACGGUCCUUCAGAGCCCACCCGUGAUGCUCCCCAGUGGCCAGCUGCCCCGGCAUGCAGAGCGUUUGCUCCUCAUCUACCUUCGGGUGGCCACCUGGAACCAGAUCCUGGACCCCUGGGUCUACAUCCUGUUCCGAAGGGCCGUGCUAAAGCGUAUCUACCCUCGAUUGACAGUUCGGCGCUCCAUCCCCUCUCUGGAUACAACCAUCCCCCACUCUCUGCAGCCCAAGUGCACCGAGGAGACACAGCCACAGUAGCCCCCACUAGAGAACAGGGGGCACAGAGGCCAAUCAGAGCUGCUGGUGGCAAGAACACUGGGCUGUCCAAGGGCUAAGUCUGGGAGGGGGCUGCCAUCAAGAGAACACAGAUUCCAGGCUUAGCAAAGUGAAGCGGACCCUGCAUUGUGGACAUGUGAACAAGGUGGGAGUGAGGUAGGAGUAGGGGGCUUGGGGUCAGAAGGUGAGCCCUAAAGAGAUAUCUAGGUUCAGCACCCUGGACCCCUGGUGACCUUGUCCUCUCCAUUGCACUCCUGCCCCCUCCUAAUAAUUAAACUCCCUUGCCCACCCUC